CCGCGCUGUGCCCGCAUCGUUAUCGCCGCACCUCGCAGAUAAUAAUCAUUUUUAGGCACAAUCUUGAUUUGUUUUUGAUUUACCUCACGACCAUUGUUUGUUAAGAAUGAUAAAUACAAAGAUAAGAGAAGAAAAACUUCAGACGCUUGUGUCACGCAGCGCUAUCCCGAUCAUCGAUCUCGCCCAUUGUGGUAAAUCGCUUGUGAACCGUGUGGGCCAACAACUGCACAAGGCUUUUACCGAAAAGGGUAUUGCUUUCCUUGUGAAUCAUGGGAUCUCCGAAGACAAGAUAAAAAAUGUCUGGGAUCAAUUCGACAAUUUCUUGGAUCUUCCGGUUGAGAUUCAGGAUCGCUACAGGCGAAAGGAUGGUGGGAAUACAGGUUAUGUUAGUCCGGGAAUGGAGCGUUUAGACAAAAAGACUCCAGAACUUCGACACGCUUUCAAUAUUUGUCAAUUGGACGAUCGGAAUAUCCCCAGGGAACCACUUCCAGAAUUUGCUGAUGAUACUACAACUGUAGCCAAUGACUUGCGAGCCAUGUCCACAUAUAUACUCAAGGCCAUAGAGGCGGCUCUGGAGAUUCCUGCCUCCUACUUUGUGGAGAAGCACUCCCAAAUGCUGGCUGGAGAUGAGGUCAACAUGAGCACUCUGAGAAUGCUUUAUUAUCCGGCGAUCGUGGACGAUGAGCCGGGUCAGAGUGAGGGCGCCAUUCGAUGCGGAGCCCAUGUGGACUAUGGCACCUUCACCCUUCUUGGUCAGGACUCGGAGGGUGGCUUGGAGGUGCAACUGCCGGGCAGCGAGAAGUGGGAACGCGUGGGCCACUUACCAGGGGCCAUUCUCAUCAACGGCGGUGAACUCUUGUCCAUCUGGACGAAGCAGCGCUAUCAUGCCUUGCCACACCGUGUUGUUAUACCUGAACAAGAACAUGUGCGUACCCGUGGCAGGCAUUCCAUUGCCUUUUUCUGUCAUCCCAAUAACUCUACAUUGAUUGAUCCCAACGAUCUUCUGCCGAAAGAGGCGAAACAGACUGAUGACAAAGUUUACAGCGCCUACGAGUUGAUACAGCAAAAGUUUAACGAUACCUAUGGAAGCCGCUCGAAAUAAAUUAGUGAAUCUCGGAUAUGAGCUCAUUAACA